ACCCAUUUAACCUCCAGUCCAAGCGAGGAGACCUUGCUGUCUACACUCCACGCCAUUCGCUCUCUCGCUUUUGCUCAAGCGAGUGCUUCUAUAAAAGAAAACUGAGCUCCUUUCAAGUCGGUUAUAAACCAGCCAUGGCGGUCGGUUUAUCCGCCACCAUAGUCGCCAAACCAUCCCGUUUCUUCCACACCCCUCAUCUUUUCACAAAAACCACACCUCUUCUUGCUCCACCUGGUUACCGCAACUUUUCUAAGGGGCCUAGAAGAACAACUUCUACUUUCACGGUUUGUUUUGUUCUAGAGGAGAAAAAACAAACUACCCAGAUCGAGAAUUUCAGGGAAGCGAAUGAGAUCACCUCUAACGAUAUGGAUAUUCAGAUCUCAGCUACUCGCGUGGCUGAGAAGUUGGCGAGGAAGAAAUCCGAGAGGUUUACUUAUCUUAUUGCUGCUGUCAUGUCUAGUUUAGGAAUUACUUCCAUGGCUGUCAUGGCUGUUUAUUACCGGUUUUCUUGGCAAAUGGAGGGUGGAGAGGUUCCAUUUUCUGAAAUGUUUGGCACAUUUGCUCUCUCUGUUGGUGCUGCUGUGGGUAUGGAAUUUUGGGCAAGAUGGGCUCAUGAAGCUCUAUGGCAUGCUUCUUUGUGGCAUAUGCACGAGUCUCACCAUAAACCAAGAGAAGGGCCUUUUGAGCUCAACGAUGUGUUUGCAAUUAUAAACGCGGUUCCAGCCAUAGCUCUUCUCGCUUAUGGCUUCUUCCACAAAGGCCUGGUUCCUGGUUUAUGUUUUGGUGCUGGUCUUGGCAUUACAGUUUUUGGUAUGGCCUACAUGUUCGUCCACGACGGUUUGGUUCACAAAAGGUUCCCCGUAGGUCCCAUCGCCAACGUGCCUUAUUUCAGAAGAGUUGCUGCUGCUCACCAGCUCCACCACUCGGAGAAGUUCAACGGUGUCCCAUAUGGCUUGUUCUUAGGACCUAAGGAAAUUGAAGAAGUAGGAGGCCUAGAAGAAUUGGAGAAGGAGAUCAGUAGAAGACUCAAAUCAUACAACAAGGGUUCAAAAUAAUAAAACAAUGAGGACCCAUUUUGGAUCUAUUUUGAUUUUGAUCAGUGUAGAGAAUAACAAUAGAGCAUUAAUGAGAAAUGAUUUUGAGUUUA